AUGGCCGCUCGCCCUCUAGAGCUCUACCCCGAGCCACUCCGGAACGAGCGACUCCGGAACGAGCGCGAGGACCGUUCACGACCCUGGUGCAAGGCGACUCAGGAUGCGGAUGCGGCCAGGCCUAGGAUGGGAAAAGAGAAGGAGCACCCGUACCGCUGUGACGGGUCUGUACCGAGGCGGGUAAGGGUACAGGUCGAUGGGACUCCGGUCAACGGAGAGGAUUUCUGGCACACGAUGCGACUGAGCUGGGAUUCCAUGAUACACUUGUCUGCCCUGCCAGUGGCGUCCGUUACGUCUGCCUUCCUGUUCGCCACAUCCAUCCUGCCGUCCACCGAGCUUGCGCCAUCAGCGUUCGCGAUCACCCCAUGUGGGCUGCCACUGCACUUCCCGCCGGAGCAGAUCUUCCCGGGGAAGGUCACCGCGAAGACUGGCGACCUGCGGAUCGUGCUCGCGGGCAUGCGCGCGACGACGAUCUUCCGGAACAUGCGCGGCGCGAUGAAGAAGCACCAUCUGCGUGCUCCGGAGUCGGCGGCCGCAGAGAACGGUGCCACCGACAGUGCGAAUGCGGAAAACGGGGAGUUGAAGAGCGACGAAGACGGCGUCUUGGGCAAGGGUCGGAUGUGGAUCGCGUCAAUGAAUUCGCAUGGCACUUGUUUACGUUGUUUGGUAUACACCCUGUCGCCCCUCUCCCUUUGUGUGCGUCGGCGCGGGCGCUUGCGGUCUCUGGUCCGCUCUCCCGCUGCGGUGUCUACGGUGCAUCGCCUGCCCUGA